AUGUCUUCAAAGGAGACGUCCUAUCGGCCUGAUGUAGACGGAGGGUUGGAUGAGUUGAGUCCGGCUUCCUCAAAGGCCGAAUUAAGAGCUUCAUCAAUCUCCGUCGCCAACUGGUUCGAGUCCUCGGCGAUUGGUUCGGCCGCUUGUUCUUCUACUUGUUCAGAAUCGGAUGCUUCUAAACCAAUCUGUCUCAAGUUUUUGAAGUUGGGAAAGAUAAGGGCUGUAAGAUGGUUGUCAUCUUUCGGGAUCGGAAUGUUGUCUGCCGUCGAAAAUGUCGUACAGAACAUAGGUGCUAGCAAUAGCGAUGAUGCCUUCUAUAGGUAUAAGAUGCCUAAAAUGAUUACCAAGAUUGAGGGCAGAGGAAAUGGCAUUAAGACAAAUAUUGUCAACAUGGUCGAUGUUGCGAAGGCUUUGGCGAGGCCAGCUUCUUACACAACUAAGUAUUUCGGUUGCGAGCUUGGAGCCCAAUCUAAAUUUGAUGAGAAAACUGGAGUGUCACUUGUUAAUGGUUCACACGACACUGCUAAACUUGCUGGUCUGCUCGAGAAUUUUAUUAAGAAAUAUGUUCAGUGUUAUGGCUGUGGAAAUCCUGAAACAGAGGUCUUAAUUACAAAAAGUCAGAUGGUCCAACUGAGAUGUGCAGCGUGUGGUUUUGUUUCGGAUGUGGAUAUGAGGGACAAACUCACAGCCUUCAUUUUGAAGAAUCCACCUGAACCAAAAAAGGGUUCCAAAGACAAGAAGGCAAGGCGGAGGGCUGAAAAGGAGCGACUGAAAGAAGGUGAGGCUGCUGAUGAAGAGCAGAAGAAGCUGAAGAAAGUGGUGAAGAAGAAGGGGUCUUCCACUUCUAAGGAUGGGCCUGUAAAAGCCAGCUCCAACAAAAAGAAAGCCAGUGGUUCUGAUGAGGAUUGAAGUUCACCAACUUUAAGUCAGGUUGAUGAGAAAGAAGAGACUGACGAUGAUAAUGACAAUGACGUGCAGUGGCAGACCGACACGUCACUGGAGGCAGCCCGCCUACGCAUCAAAGAACAAUUGAGUUCUGUGACAGCUGAUAUGGUUAUGCUUUCCACUAAUGAGCCAGUGAAUAAUAAGUCGAGGGAAACCAAUAGAGCAGGCGAAAGUACAAAAAUAGAGAAUCCCAGUUUCGAGAAUGGAAACUCAAACCAUAAAAAAAUAGUGGAAGAGGCAAAAGCAAAGCUGAAGAAAGGGGCUUCUGCAAAUGAAUUUCAGUCUAUUUUUGGAUCGUUUUCUGGGUCUAGUCAGGAAAUAAUGACUGCUUUGUUUGAGGCACUCUUCGAUGGUGUUGAGAAAGGGUUUGCAAAGGAGGUUACCGACAAGAAAGGGUAUUUGGUUGCUGCUGUUGCUCAGGAUGAUGAUGAAUCACAGUUGCUUUUGCUUCGAGCAAUUGAGGCUUUCUGUUUGAAGCCUAGCUUAGUUGCUCUUAAGGAAGUGGCUCUGGUCCUGAAGGCACUCUAUGAUGCUGAUGUGUUAGAGGAGGAAUACAUUAUAUGGUGGUAUCAGGAAGGUCUGGAUGGUGGAAACAAGGACUCUCAGAUCUGGAAGAAUGUUAGACCAUUUAUUGAUUGGCUCCAGAGUGCUGAGUCUGAAUCUGAAGAUGAAUGAUGUCUUUCAGUUUUGCUUCAUUUGUGGUACUCUGCUUC